AUGUUUUCUUCGAAGAAACCAUACUCAGCAGUCACAGUCGCCAUCGAGCGUCUCACAAGCGAGCAGUAUGAUGAUGAUGAUUUUGGUGGCAUUCCAGAGUUGGUGGAAGUGAUCAAAAUUCAAUCUACAGGUCCUACAGAAGCUUCUAGGGCUAUUCGAAAGAAGCUCAAGUAUGGUAAUGUGCAUCGUCAGAUUCGAGCUUUAGAAAUUCUGGACGGUCUUAUCCAGAAUGCUGGUCCAAGAUUUCAGCGUACUUUUGCCGAUGAAGCUUUACUCGAGCGUCUACGUAUCUGUGGUACUUCAGAUCUUUCGGACCCUGCAGUGAAAGCUAAAUGCAAGGAACUUUUCAGGAACUGGUCUGUUGAAUUUGCAGAAGUUAGUGGAAUGGAGGAGGUUCGCGGUCUUUACAAGCAAUUACCUCGUACCAAGAAGAUUGUCACUCAAGAUAGAUCAAAAGUUCUCCGUGAAACAGAGGAAAAUCCCUUCCAAGAUGAUGAAAUUGAGGAACCUCCUACGCCUGUCACUCCCCAAGCUGCUUCAUCUCAAGCUGGUCCUUCUCACUCUAGACAAAGCUCUGUAACAACAUCUACAAGAGAACGAGCAUCCUCAAUAAUGUCAGGGUCUGUUAAGAAGUCUAAGAAGGAUAAAGAAAAGGACAAGAAGAAGAAGCCCAAGCCAUUCAACCUAGAAGCUGAGAAGGAAGGAAUGAAAGCCGCUAUUGCAGAAUCAGCUGUUUCCUCCACCAACCUUUUGAACGCGUUAAGACAUAUCAAUCGAGAGAAAGAGCGAAUUUCUGAGAAUAAAACCGCUUUACAGCAUUUUGAUAAUUGUAAACUUCUCCGUAGAAAGAUCCUACGAUAUAUUCAACAUGUUGAGGCCGAAGAAUGGCUUGGAGGACUUCUUCAUGCAAACGAUGAAUUGGUUAAUGCUUUAAUGACAUUUGAACAGCUUGAUAGAUCAAUUGAUGCUGAUAGUGAUUCUGAUGAUGACAUGGCUGAGCAGGCUCAUCUCUACAGAAUGGCGGAACGAAAUAAAACCGAACGUAGAGGUAGUGAUGCAACACAACAACUUGCUGGUCUUUCUAUUGGCACUAAGAGUCCGAUCAGCCCUGUUAAAACCUCCCAUCGUCCCGCACCACCGACUCCUGUUCAGCCUACACAUCCUCCAGUACCAGAGUCAGAGGAGGAGGAAGAUGAUGAGAAUGAUCCUUUUGCUGAUCGUAAUGCUUUUGAUUGA